AUGGGCUUCUGGCAGGCUGGCGCCCCUGACCGCUGUCAAAGCCUCGCGAACUGGAUGUGUACUCCUCUCCCCACUUGGCCGCCCGGUGGCUGGGGUGCAGAGGCCCUGGCCCGAGGGGUGCGAGUACCGCCGGCCCCGCUCCCUCGUGUCGACCUCAAUGAGCACGAUGCCAGGGCGGUACCACGAGUGGUGCCGGUGCCAGCGGCACUGGUGGUGUUUUGGACGUUGCACAGAGCCGUUUGGCUACCGCAUCACGCACCACCGGAGCUUUGCAGGGUCCGGCCGGAUCACCCGCUGCUUGUUCUUGCCAACGGACUUUGGAUGUUGCCUGUGACACCCCACUGCCUCGUCCCUAAGUCUUCUUGGCCAACUCUGCGGGAGCCGGAAUGGCUGUUUAGGGGCGUAGAGGUGAAGGCGAGAAUGGCUAGUUCGAAGCGAGAGGCGUUAUGGAUCGCAGUAAGGGCUGGAACAGGUUGA